GAAUAACACUAGGAUUAUUUAUCUGUGUCGCUCCAAUAUACAUAGGUGAAAUAUCAUCACCAGAUACGCGAGGUGCUGGAGGUUCUCUGACGACUAUCAUCUAUAACAUCGAAUCGCCGUACUUUUUCGUAAUGAGGAAUAGAAUAGAUGAAGCGGAAGAAGUUUUGGAAAAACUGCGGGGCAAAUGUGACAUUUCCGAAGAGCUUCAAACGAUCAUCGAUUCCCUUUCGAAAAAGAACAAGCAAUCAUCGAAAAGUGGAAAUUUGAAAGAUAUUUUUACGUCGAAAGCAAAUUUUCGUGCAUUUCUUAGUAUAAUGCUGUUUGCAGUGACGCAACAUUUUGGAGGUUUCUUUACGAUUCUGACAUAUGGUCAAUUGAUUUUUAAAUCAAUAAACAAUAUAAUGUCAGAUUAUGUCGUAAAUGUUGUAAUUGGUGCAGUACAACUUAUUUCUGCUCUUGUAACAACCCUGCUAGUCGACAAAUUUGGUCGCAAGCCGCUAAUACUUACGUCAGGUGUCAGCGCUGCAAUUUGCAAUUUCGUGAUCAGUUUUUAUUUCUUUUUAAAAGAAUAUAUGCACGCAGAUGUGCUAUCGGUUUCAUGGAUCCCAUUUAUAUCGUCUCUUAUAUUAAUUUUCACUUUCAAUUGCGGCUUAUUAUGUUUACAGAUUAUUCUAAUGUCAGAAAUCUUUGCAACUGAGAUUAAAGCAAUUAGCACAUGUCUCGUCGGUGUAGUCGGCGGAUUGCUUGCUACAUUAGGAAGUAAACUUUAUAUAUGGAUAGCAAUAACUUUGAAUUACGGUCAUUCGCUUCCUUUUUUUGUGUAUUUUGUAGUCGUAGCAGUUUGUACAGCAAUUAUAUUGCAUGUUACCCCAGAAACAAAAGGUAAGACAUUCGCGGAAAUCCAAAUAGAGUUGGGAAAGUAAUUACCAUUAUAUUUCUUCAUUUCUUAUCUAGUAAGAACAUCGACGAUAAUUUCCAUGUUAAUAAUGUUCCAUGUUAAUAAAAUAAGUGAUUCACGGAAAAUGUAUUCACGGAAGAAAAUAAACACUUAAUAAUAAGG